CUUCCCUCUUCCCUCAUCCCCCACCGAAAGAACGAGGCCAACAAUAACAUAAUUCACCAUCAAUUUGAGCUUUCAUUACUUUCCAUUCUUGCCAUCGCGAGCGAGCUUCUCCCAACCCCAAAUCGCCCAUCAUGGACGGCCUCUUCAGCAGAGCAGAUGAGGCGUCUCCCACCGACUCCGACAAGGACACCUCCGUAUCCGGUCUCGUCGCGACCCUGAUCCCGGCCUUGGUCGUCGCCCUCGUCUAUGUCGCCAUCUUCCUGGUCCUGCGUCGGUCGCACCGCCGCUUCUAUGCCCCGAGAACCUACCUCGGGACUCUACGCGACAGUGAGCGCUCCCCAGAGCUCCCGACUGGCUUGUUCAACUGGUUCGGCACCUUCUGGAAGAUCCCCGACACCUACGUUCUGCAGACCCAGUCGCUCGACUCGUACCUGUUCCUCCGCUACAUGCGCAUCCUGGUCGCCAUCUGCUUCUUCGGCUGCCUCAUCACCUGGCCCGUCCUGUUCCCCGUCAACGCCACCGGCGGCAACGGCGCCAAGGGUCUCAACACCCUGGCCUUUGGCAACCUGAACAAGAGCACCGAUGGCAAGUCCCGCAUGUACGCACACGUCUUCAUCGGAUGGAUCUUCUUCGCCUUUGUCCAGCUCAUGGUCUGCCGCGAGAGCAUCUUCUACAUCAACCUGCGCCAGGCCUUCCUCCUGUCGCCCGUCUACGCGAACCGCAUCUCCUCCCGCACCGUGCUCUUCACCUCCGUCCCCGAUGUGUACCUCGACGAGGCCAAGCUCCGCAAGGUCUUCGGCGACGAGGUCAAGCACGUCUGGAUCACCCGUGACACCGAGCAGCUCGACAAGCUCGUCGAGGAGCGCGACAAGACCGCCUUCAGGCUCGAGGGUGCCGAGACCAAGCUCAUCAAGCUCGCCAACAAGGAGCGCCUCAAGGCCGCCAAGAAGGGCCCCGCCACCGACCAGGAGCCCGUCGUCGCCACCGCCGACGCCGAGUCCGGAUCCAUCGCCGCCCGCUGGCUCCCAUCCAAGAAGCGCCCAACCCACCGCACCGGCCUCCUCGGCCUCUUCGGCUCCAAGGUCGACUCCAUCAACUGGUGCCGCGAGAAGCUCGAGAAGCUGAUCCCCGACACCGAGGUCGCGCGCGAGAAGUACAAGGCCGGCGCCGACAAGCACGUCAACGCCGUCUUCAUCGAGUUCCUCACCCAGUCCGCCGCACAGUCCGCGUACCAGUCCCUGUCCCACCACCAGGCCCUGCACAUGUCCCCCCGCUACAUCGGCAUGCACCCCAACGAGAUCGUCUGGAGCUCCCUGCGCAUCUCCUGGUGGCAGAAGGUCGUCCGCCGAUACGCCGUCCAGGCUUUCAUCGCUGCGCUCAUCAUCUUCUGGGCCAUCCCCGUCGCGGCUGUCGGUCUCAUCUCCAACGUGCCGCAGCUCGCUACCCUCUCGUGGCUCACGUGGCUCAACAAGAUCCCUUCCAAGAUUAUGGGUGUUGUCUCGGGUCUCCUUCCAUCUGUCCUCCUGUCCAUCCUCAUGUCCCUGGUCCCGAUCAUCAUGCGCAUCCUUGCCAAGCUCUCCGGCGAGCCCACCCUCGCGCGCGUCGAGCUGUUCACGCAGAACGCGUACUUCGCCUUCCAGGUCGUCCAGGUCUUCCUGGUCAUGACCAUCGGAUCCGCCGCCUCGUCUGUCGCCCAGCAGAUCGCCCAGAACCCAGGCUCCGUCACCAGUCUCCUGGCUACCAAGCUUCCCCUGGCCUCCAACUUCUACAUCUCCUACUUCAUCCUGCAGGGCCUGACCAUCGCCUCCGGCGUCGUCUCCCAGGUCAUCGGCUUCUUCAUCUUCGGCCUCCUCUACAAGUACCUCACCUCCACCCCGAGAUCCAUGUAUGCCAAGUGGACCACCCUGAGCGCCUUGUCAUGGGGUAGCAUUCUCCCCGUCUACUCCAACAUAGCUGUUAUUGCCAUCACCUACUCCCUCAUCGCCCCCCUCGUAAUGGGCUUCGCCACCGUCGGCAUAACCCUCUUCUACCUCGCCUACCGCUACAACAUCCUCUUCGUAACUGACAACACCAUCGACACAAAGGGCCUCAUCUACCCCCGCGCCCUCCAGCACCUCCUCACCGGCGUCUACCUCGCCGAGAUCUGCAUGAUCGGGCUCUUCGGUAUCUCCGCCGCCAUCGGGCCCAUCAUCCUGAUGGUUGUCGCGCUGGUGGGGACGGUCCUGUUUCACAUCGCGAUGAACUCCGCCCUGGACCCGCUGCUGUAUAACCUCCCCAAGUCCCUGGAGGCGGAGGAGGAGCUCCUUGCGCUUGAGUCGGGGUCGAGCACUGCUAUCCCCGGUGUCUUGGGCGCCCAGAAAGGCGGGAAGUCCCACGAGGCUGGCGCUUCUGCUGACCCCGCCCUCCUGGCUUCUGAGGCUACGGGCGAGAAGACUGUCGCUUCCCUCCCCGCCUCACCGCACGCAAAGCCAAACAUCUUGACCAAAUUCCUCAAGCCGCACAUCUACGCCGACUACGCCACCCUCCGCCGUCUCGUCCCCCACGACGUGGCGGGCGCUAUAUCAAACUACAGCCCUGAGGUCGAGCGCGACGCGUACUUGCCUCCCAGUGUUAAGUCUGAGACCCCGCUGCUCUGGAUCCCGAGAGAUGAGAUGGGCAUCUCGAGACAGGAGAUAGCGCAUACGGCGAAGGUGAUUCCGAUUACGGAUGAGGGGGCGGCGUUGGAUGAGAAGGGAGCUGUUUAUUGGGUUGCGGAGAAGGAGGAGGGGGCUCGGCCGCCGAUUUGGGAGGAGAAGACUUAUUAUUAGAUAAGCAGUCUCUGUGUAAUAGGGAACGUCGUUUUAGGUGUUUGCGAUAGGAGGUGGGGGUGUGGUUAAUGUUACGGGGAAUCGUAUACCCUUUCCUUUCUUUUCUUGGAUUUAAAUCUUUACGGAUUGGUGGGGGGGGUGAUGUACAAGGUUGGCUUUAAUUUUGAUAUCAAAAAUAUAGUGUGGUGUUUUCCUUGUAUGUUUUGUCUUCCUUGUUUGUUUAUUUACUUUUUCUGGUUUGUUUAUUUACUCUUUCUGGAUGU